AUGGCUGCGAUGAAAUAUCUGCCCUUGCUUGUUCUAUUAUUUCUUCACCUACCAAUUCACUGCUUAAGUCAAUCUCAUGAAAUGAAAUCAUUUGAUGCAAAGCCAAACGGCCAGUCAACAACAGUGGUCACUAAAUUGGAAUCAAUCCAGUGCCAAUUUACUUUUGCAGUAGUUGGAGGGACUAAUGAGAACUGGGUUAUGAAAGUAUCUCGCGAGAAAGACGGCAAAUAUACCUGCAUAGUAACCAGACCGGAUAAAGAUUCUUACCUUGUGUUCAUGAGCUUUCAACUAAAGGUGAAAGGGGGAAAAAUUUCUAAUGUUGAAGUAUAUGAUAAAGAUGCUAAACUCGAGUCGAACACUUACGCAGUUACGGAUUCUGUAGUACAACACGCUCAGGGAAAAUUUAAAGCUAACCUCAAACUUAUAACUGUAUCCAUUUCCAAACAUGAUGAAUUAUAA